AUGGGCUCCCAGGGCGGAUUUGGGCAGUCCAAAGAGUUCCUCGACCUCAUUAAAUCCAUCGGCGAGUCACGAUCCAAGGCCGAGGAGGACCGCAUUGUGGUGCGCGAAAUCGAGACCUUGAAAUCCAGGUUGUCCGAUCCCAACACCCCGAAAUUCAAGCUGAAGGAGUAUUUAAUCCGUCUACUUUAUGUCGAGAUGCUCGGUCACGAUGCCUCUUUCGGGUACAUCCACGCCGUCAAGAUGACGCACGACGAUAGUCUCUUGCUGAAGAGGACUGGGUACCUGGCUGUGACUUUGUUCCUGAACGAGGAUCACGAUUUGAUUAUCUUGAUCGUGAACACGAUACAGAAGGACUUGAAGAGUGACAACUAUCUUGUUGUUUGUGCCGCCUUGAAUGCAGUGUGCCGAUUGAUCAACGAGGAGACUAUUCCGGCGGUACUUCCUCAGAUUGUGGAGCUAUUGGGGCAUCAGAAGGAGACGGUGAGGAAGAAAGCGGUGAUGGCACUUCACCGUUUCUUUCAGAGGGCUCCUGGGUCGGUUUCUCAUCUUAUUUCCAAUUUCCGCAAGAGGCUCUGUGACAAUGAUCCUGGUGUUAUGGGUGCAACGCUUUGCCCUCUUUUUGAUCUUAUUGCAAUUGAUACGGACAAGUAUAAGGAUUUGGUUGUUAGUUUCGUCAACAUUCUUAAACAAGUAGCUGAACGGAGACUACCAAAGAGUUACGAUUAUCAUCAAAUGCCUGCUCCUUUCAUUCAGAUCAAAUUGUUGAAAAUUCUGGCCCUUCUAGGUAGUGGGGACAAAAAGGCCAGUGAACAAAUGUACACAAUUGUUGGUGACAUUAUGAGAAAAGGUGACUCAACAACGAAUAUUGGUAAUGCCAUUCUUUAUGAAUGUGUUUGCUGUGUUUCAUCCUUACACCCUAACCCGAAGUUGCUAGAAGCUGCUGCUGACGCCAUUGCAAAAUUUUUGAAGAGCGACAGCCACAAUCUGAAAUAUCUUGGUAUUGAUGCUCUUGGUAGACUGAUAAAGAUAAGCCCAGAAAUAGCGGAACAACAUCAACUGGCUGUUAUUGAUUGCUUAGAGGAUCCAGAUGACACCCUGAAGCGCAAAACAUUUGAAUUACUAUAUAAAAUGACCAAAUCAUCAAAUGUAGAAGUGAUUGUGGAACGUAUGAUUGAGUACAUGAUAAGUAUCAGUGAUAAUCACUAUAAAACUGAAAUAGCAUCCAGAUGUGUCGAGCUUGCCGAACAAUUUGCUCCAAGCAACCAAUGGUUUAUACAGACCAUGAAUAAAGUAUUUGAGCACGCAGGGGACCUGGUCAAUGCCAAAGUUGCACAUAACUUGAUGCGAUUGAUUGCUGAGGGAUUUGGGGAGGAUGAUGAUACUGCAGAUAGUCAGCUUAGAUCAUCAGCUGUGGAGUCUUAUCUUCGAAUUAUGGGGGAACCAAAACUUCCAUCUGCUUUUCUUCAAGUGAUCUGUUGGGUGUUGGGAGAAUAUGGGACUACUGCUGAUGGGAAGUAUUCUGCCUCGUAUAUCACUGGGAAGUUGUGUGAUGUGGCAGAGGCACAUCCAGAAGAUGACACAGUGAAAGCGUAUGCAGUUACAGCACUUAUGAAGAUAUAUUCAUUUGAAAUAGCUGCUGGGAGAACAGUGGAUAUACUGUCUGAGUGUCAAUCCUUGAUUGAAGAAAUGUUAGCAUCUCAUUCGACUGACCUUCAGCAGCGUGCCUAUGAACUCCAAGCAAUCCUUAGCUUAGAUGCUGAUGCUGUUAAGAAGAUAAUGCCAAGGGAUUCCACUUGUGAUGAUGUCGAGAUCGACAAGAAUCUCUCUUUUCUUGAUGCCUACGUCCAAAAGUCGCUUGAAAACGGUGCCCAGCCGUACAUCCCCGAGACCGAGCGCCAGGGAACAUUGAGCAUUAACAAUUUCAAGCUCCACGAAGAUCACGAGCCGUCCACGCACCACGCCCUCAGGUUUGAGGCAUAUGAGCUUCCCAAACCCUCAAUACCCUCGAACACCCCCCCUGUGCUGGCAUCAUCGUCCGAUCUUGUCCCUGUUCCGGAGCUGUCAUACUCCGCAUCUCAACCUGCAGCAUCCGCUCCUCACCCAUCCGAUGCGGCCCAAUCUGAGCUCAAGCUCCGGCUCGAUGGGGUCCAGAGGAAGUGGGGCCGCCCCACCUACAGCGCCUCCCCCGCCCCAUCCACUUCAAGUGCAGAUAAUGUGAGGAUUCAGAGCGAGUCAACUCAUCACGACUCAGCCAUCAACAACUCAAACAUGAGGGCCAACGAUUCAUCUUUCAGCAUCAAUAGCAGUUCAAAAAAGCAGCAAAAAGUGGAGAUAUCGCCCGAGAAGCAGAAGCUGGCGGCCUCGCUCUUUGGGGGCGGGUCACGGCCCGAGUCGAGACAUCAGAAGGUCACAAAACCUCAAAAUCAGGCUUCCGUUUCAGAAAAGUCCCGUCCUACUGCUGCCGUAGUAUCCCAGCCACCGCCCCCCGACUUGCUCGACUUGGGCGAGCCGUCUAUGGAUAGCUUUGGUGAACCAUCUGUUGACCCCUUUAUGGAAUUGGAAGGUCUCGAUUUUAGCCAGGACGGAACAAACACUGUAAUUGGUGGAGUUGGAGUUGGCUCGAAUGUGGAGUCGUCAUCCGAUUUUAUGUCUCUGUUUGCUGACAUGUCUGUGAGUGUCCCAACUCUUGGUAUCGAGAAUGGUCUUGGAGGAGGGAGUAAUGGGGAGAAUACUGUGCCGCAAUUGAAUAAGGGACCAAACUUGAAGGAGGCACUGGAGAAGGACGCCCUAGUGAGGCAGAUGGGGUUCACACCAUCGGGCCAGAACCCAAAUUUGUUCAAGGACUUGCUCGGCUAG